AUGUCAAUGUUCAGGUCAGCCGCCGAUAUCUCUUCGUCUGACCCAGAUUCAGAAUCCGACACAGGCGAUCACCAUGAGCCCCCAUCGCCAAUCCUAAGAAGCGACCCCAGCUCUGGGUCUCGACGAGCUAGCAAGGACCGAUCCUCUGAAAAAAUGGCAUCUAGCAGCAGUGUGGAUGCUUCAGUCUCGCUAGACGAUUUGUCUAUAUCACAGGAUGCGCUGGACAUUAAUGUUGAGCAUCAUGGUCACAUGGUGACCACUGCCCUGUUGGAGUUUUACUGCCAAACCCGAGCCGCGGAGAUUCUCAAUGUCCAAGCAGGGUCUAAUAGACGAUUUACCCGACAAUGCCCCGAGGCCCAGUACCUAGGCAAGAAACUGUACGAGUACAAGUCUCAAUUCUUGUCAUCUCAUGGUGUUCUGGCAGAGGGGAUCGACCGAGAAGAGCUUGGCGCUACAAGACAGACCUACCGUGAUAAUCUUGACUUCCUCGGCCGCUCUGCGCUUGAAGAAUUCAAUUUGAACGAACCUCAACCGCGAUCUCCAAUUGAAGGCGGCGAAGAGAUGGCAUUGGUAACAAGGUAUCAAAACGGAAGCAAUUUUACAGAAAGCGGCGCUCAGUUCUGGAGUGCCGAAAGAACUCACCUUCCUUCAAUUGGCAAGGUUGACGUGCUGGACGGAAUUCCCACUGGUGCAAGACCACUGCCGCAGCCUUCCAGGCCCCUCUUCGGCAGCUCACCGGUGAGCAUGCCAUUGUUUAAUCAGCCUUCAGCCCCAUCUUUGAACCUCAUGUCGCGCUAUGCGGUCGAGUUCAGUGAGCUCAAAGUUCUUGGGCGAGGAUCGUUUGGCGAGGUGUACCAUGUCACGAAUCACAUAGAUGGACAAGACUACGCUGUCAAGAAAAUUCCUCUGAGCCAACGACGCCUUGAUCAGUUACAAUACGGAGGACAGAAUCAGCUAGAGACCAUCAUGAAAGAGAUUCGGACCCUUGCCCGCCUCGAGCAUACUAAUAUUGUGCGGUAUUACGGUGCAUGGGUGGAACAGGCACAUGUUGAUCUUUCUAAGUACCCCAUGGAAGAUAUUCAUAAGGGACUCAAGAGUGAUACUCGAGUACCCUUCGAGCAGCAGACGCAGGGCUACGAGUCCUCGCGGAGUGAGAUAUAUAGCCAAGGCUCGAACGAGCCCAGUAUGGGUAUCGUGUUUGAACACUCUAGGGGUUCAGCCAUGGAUUCGCCCUCAAGUUCCGUGCCCGGCUCCGUCCCAGAUGAGUUCGGGUUCCACAACAGGAUACACCGUUUGCACAGCCACGCCACCUCAUCUUCUUGCCGCUCGAAGAAAAGCUCUGUUGCGGGUCUAGAGGACGAUGAUGAUAUCGAGUCCAUUCCUCGGAACUUCAAGAACCCCUCAUAUGGUCAAACAUCCACAUACGGAGGAACGGACGACAUUUUCACCGAUGGAUUCAGCCAGGAUCAGUCUAAACUGCAGGUACAAUGUCGUUUUAAACCGAAUAGUCAACCACCACCAGCUGUCAUUCUUCACAUCCAAAUGUCGCUCCAUCCGAUCUCUCUUAACUCUUAUCUCAACUCUCAAGCUGCAUCCAGUCCCAUCGGUGAUGCUCCUUCCCGACGGCAUUGCUUCCACAUGAUGCCUUCAUUGAGACUCAUGCUUGACAUUAUUUCUGGUGUUGAGUAUCUUCAUGCAAAGGGCAUCGCUCACCGUGAUUUGAAGCCAGCGAACAUCUUCCUGUCUUUGCCUGAGAACAGCGAUCGGAUCAUUUGCGGUAUUUGUUGCUCCGAUCAAAAUUCCCCAACACAAUUUUGUCGACCACGGAUCGGAGACUUCGGCCUAGUUGCUGAUAUCUCUCAUCUUGAUGGGGCUGCGGCCGAUAAUGCGGUGACACCAUACCACGAUGGCCCUAAGAUUCAACGCGUCGUGGGAACUGAGUUUUAUCGCCCACCAGCCAUUAGCGAUCCAUCGAGUCCGACCUCAGACUACUUUGAAGAUUAUAAAAUCGAUGAAAAACUCGAUGUCUACUCCCUGGGAGUUAUUCUGUUUGAGCUUGUGUAUCGAUUGAACACGAAGAUGGAGCGCCAAUUAGUUCUAAACGAACUGACUCGCGGUUCUAUCUCUUUCCCUGACGAUUUUGCAGCGAAGAUAGACUAUGGCGAAACGCAGUUGGAUGGGGGUGAUACGGUAGCCGGCGCGUUGAUGACCUGCAUCCGAGGGAUGUUGACGCCUCAGUCACGAAGACGGUGGAGCUGCCAGGAAGUUAAAGACCACCUGCGCAAGACUCAAAAGGCCGUGAAGCGAUUGCAGCCGCGGAAUUGA